AUGACUUCACAAGCUGUGAGGAAAACUCUUAAAGAAGUAAAGCCAAUAUUGUCUUUGAACCGCGACGAAGCGCGCAGAAGAGUUUUGAACUUGUACAAGACCUGGUACAGGCAACUACCUUACAUUGUUCAAACUUACGAUAUUCCUGUAAGCGUCGAUAAGUGCAAAAAGAAGUUACGAGAGGAAUUCACCAAAUACUCCGAAUCCAAUGAUAUCAGAUUGGUCGAUAUGUUGGUAAUCAAAGGUCAAAUGGAAUUGAAGGAAGUAGUCAAUGUUUGGAAACAAAAGGGCCACAUUAUGGCGUAUUUCAAAGACACGGUAGAACCGAAACCCAAGGAUUUCCUAUCUAAAUUCCUUAAUGGCAAAGAUUAG